GCAAACGGUAUAGUAAGCGUUCGCGAUUGCAUCGCUCGGUGUAAUCCACCGAGUAAACAUUCGCCGUGUCGCCGCACGCAAGUGGGAUGUGUACGCGCUAAAUAUCACUGAAUAUCGGCGUUCGCGGUACUGACGAAUCGGUCACGCGUUCGUGAAGUAUAACGAAGCAUUGCGUAAACUUUGGAGUGUCGAAAUACGGUCAAAUCGCUCGCUGGAAGUUCGUCGUCUUUUUUCCGUUGACGUUGCGUCGACGAUUGUCGGUUGGCGCUCGAACGAAAGAAUGCUAGCGGGGCAAGAGAUCGCGAGCAUAGCAACAUAAGACGGCAUAGCGCACGAAAUUAAUUUGUUACCGAUUAUCAUCGUGCGUUCGCGGAAUUGCCAUCCGACACCCCGCGCGGCCGACCAGUAGUCGAACAACGCAAUCGAUAACCCCGCGGACGCUUUUUGCGCUGAGCGAGAGAUCGUAAUGGCGAGAGCGUGGCGUCCGAGGGCGAUAGGCGGCAGGAGUGGGAGGCUGUGGUAAAAACAAUGCUGAAUCGCCAGGGAGUCGCGCAUUGCUGAUGAAGAAGAUUCCUUGUAAAUGUGAGAAGAAUAUUAUGUAUAACUAUCAAUUUUAAUUAACGCAUCAGCCUUCAAUUAUGGAUGAUGAGGAAGGAACUUCAAGCUCUGGCCCAAUGUCUUCGUUAAAUAGUUUAUUUUCAUUUACCAGUCCUGCUGUAAAAAAAUUACUCGGUUGGAAGCAAGGAGACGAGGAGGAAAAAUGGGCAGAGAAAGCAGUGGAUUCAUUGGUCAAAAAAUUGAAGAAACGUAAAGGCGCGAUUGAAGAACUAGAACGAGCACUGAGCUGCCCAGGCACACCGAGUAAAUGCGUGACUAUUCCAAGAAGUUUAGACGGCAGAUUGCAAGUUUCACAUCGCAAGGGCCUGCCACAUGUGAUAUAUUGCAGAGUUUGGCGAUGGCCGGAUCUGCAGUCACACCACGAGCUGAAACCACUGGAACUGUGUCAGUAUCCGUUCUCAGCCAAGCAAAAAGAAGUCUGCAUCAACCCUUAUCACUACAAAAGGGUAGAGAGCCCAGUGCUGCCACCAGUAUUGGUUCCUAGACAUUCGGAGUAUGCUCCCGGUCACUCGCUGUUGCCGUUUCAACAAUUGGCUGACCCAAGCAUGCCGCACAAUGUAUCCUAUUCGUCGAGUGGCUUCAGCACCAGUUCCACAGGUGGUGUUAAUCCGACAUCGCCCAUGUCCUCCGUCGGUUCUGUGCCAAGUCCAGGGAGCGCGACAUUACCAAACCCACAGAGCCCGUAUGGUACUAACGGAUUACCGGAGACUCCGCCUCCAGCGUAUUCACCGCCCGAGGACGGUUCGCAAACCGGACAAACCCCCUCAUCGGAUUCUGUUCCAAUGGAUACAAGCGCGCCUAUUGAAUCGGCCACACCAGUAUGUUACCAAGAACCACCUUACUGGGCCUCGAUUGCUUAUUAUGAAUUAAAUUGCCGGGUGGGCGAGGUAUUUCACUGUCAAUCGCAUUCUGUAAUUAUCGACGGUUUCACAAAUCCGAGCAACAACUCCGAUCGCUUUUGCCUCGGACAACUCUCUAACGUAAAUCGAAAUUCAACGAUAGAAAAUACAAGGCGGCAUAUAGGCAAGGGAGUGCAUCUAUACUACGUUGGUGGCGAAGUCUACGCCGAAUGCCUGUCGGACUCAGCGAUAUUCGUACAAUCCAGAAAUUGUAAUCACCAUCACGGCUUUCAUCCUAGCACAGUUUGUAAAAUUCCACCGGGAUGUUCGUUGAAGAUAUUCAACAAUCAGGAAUUUGCCCAGCUUCUCUCACAGAGCGUGAAUCAUGGUUUCGAAGCUGUUUAUGAAUUAACAAAGAUGUGCACAAUCAGAAUGUCUUUCGUCAAGGGAUGGGGUGCUGAGUACCACAGGCAGGAUGUUACAUCGACUCCUUGUUGGAUCGAAGCACACUUGCACGGACCCUUACAAUGGUUAGAUAAAGUGUUAACGCAAAUGGGUCCGCCUCACAACGCCAUAAGUUCUGUGUCAUAAAUAAUAUGCACACAUUACGACGAUGUUUGUAAGAAAAAAGGACAAUUAAUCUCAAUGCACUUUUAAGCGUAGGGACAUUGGCCGCAAUCGGCACAAAUAUGAGAAUUAUGAAGACUGUGCAAACAUGUUCAACAACACAGUUAUACAGCUGUAAGUAAUCCUAUAUUAUUGUAAGUAAUUCUAUAUACAUUUUGCGAUUACAACGGUUCCCCAGAGGUCACUUAAAUGUUAUUUUUUUUAUUCGGCAAUUGCCAGGUUCUUAAUUAUAACUAAAAGCAUUAAAUUACUAUUAACUAGUCUUGGACAUCCUCGACGUAAACAUGAUGCGAAUGAUUAAAGAAGAUUUUACAUGUGAUUAAUUAGCGAUGAUAAAUAAGCGUUAAAUUUAGUAUUGAAAGCGUUUUUCUUAAAUAUUGUAAUGUAUAAUGAAUAUUGAUGUUAACUUUGAAAACCUGAUAUAGGUCGAAACGUUGUUAUUAUAUGUUUGUUUAAUACACAGGCACAAUCAUAGUAUUGUCUAGCAUUGGCUGCUUGUUUCUUAUUAACCUUUUGAUUUUAAUCUUAUUUGGCCUUUAAAUUUAAUCGUUAUUUUAAAUUUUGAAAUAGAAAGUUACGUAGAAAAACAAGUGUAUAUUUAACAAUAAUCUCUGAGAACUAUUGUAAUCGCAGAAUGUACACCCUUAGAUGCUAUAAAACUCUGGCUGUUAUGUAGGGAAGGAAUUAUUACGUGGUAUAGGUGUAUAAAAAAGAAAAUAUUUUUCAAACCUAUGCAUCAGCCGUAUAAAAUAAUAUGCUAUUUAUGGAAAAUUUACUUUCUCUGUCAAGUAGCUAUAAUCAUUCCUUUUUCUAUUAUAAUCACAAGAAAUAUUUAAGUCGUUCCAUAAAGAAUUUGUAAUAAUACCACACUGGCGAAUAUUUUAUUAUCUAUAUAUAAAGUAAUACAACACUUUAUUUGAUGUAAAAUAUAAAUAAAAUUUUACUUUAUCGUAGAGGUGUUUAGUGUUAGUGUGGUAUUACGGAUAUUUUAUUAGAUGAUGUAAUGAUGUAAUGAUUUAUUGUGAUUACGAUAGGAAAUGAUUUCAGAUGGUUGGUAAAGUAAGUAAAUUUUCCACAUUAUAGGGAAAGAAAAGAUAUUUUCUGCCUUCUCAAUAAGGAUAAUCUAAUAAUUAUGUCUUAUUAAGUUACGUGUGUGCUUUAAAGUACGUUUACAUCUAUAUAGAUCUACUCAAAUUUAUUGCUAAACAAUUUAUGAUGUAGUGCGGGCUUUUAAAUGAUGCAAUGUAUAUUUCAAUGUUAGACGUAGGACGCUGAUCUCACGUUGACUACCAAAAGUUAACUGCGUCCGAUGAUGUAGGCCGCUUUCCAAUUAACGACACAAAUCCUGUCUUUGUUCGAUAUCGAAUAUUUAGCGGCCAUAGUGAAACGUCAAAUUCAUUAAUUCGUAGAAAGAUAAUCCAUAGUUUGCUCCAUCUUUGUGUAAGAUUACAUUGCCUUGUACUUUUCUCGAUUAUCAUAUUAUGCAUCGAUUCAGCGUACGCUUUCCGUAUUACAAUUCCUGAAAAAAAUACACGAUUAGAUAAGUUUUAUGUGUUAUAUAUAUAUAUAUAUAUAUAUGAAAUUUUAACGAUGUAUAUAUUCUAUAUGAAAAUUGUCAUGCGUGCGUACAAGUAUAUAUAUAUAAUGAAGAUUCAUCGAUUAAUAAGUCUAUACAUUGGACAUAAUAAGUCUACAUUGGACUAAAAGUUACGUUUACUAAUUAAUUGGAGUUAAUACAUUUUACGUUUACUACUUUUUUACUUUACAAAAAGUGCCAAAAAGAAAGGAAUAUUUGCAUAAUAUGUUUAAUUUAUGCACUGUGAUAUUUUAUCAGAAAUAUGCAAUUCUUUCAUUGUCUAAUUACGUUCCUAAAAUCUCAGAUCAAGCAUCUUGAAAGUACAUCGAUGUCUUUGAGUGUCUUAGCUGUCAAAUAAUAGAUAUUAACAGUGCCUAAUUAUAGACAAUACCAUCUUUUUUCACUGCCGUUUGCUGUCGCUUGUUUGCCGAUGUGCCUAGCUGUGAUUCUUGUCUAUUCAAUUUGGCAAAUUUUGCGAUUUGAUAAUAAACAAAAGAUAGUACGAAGAGAAACAAGAUAUUUAACUAAUUACAAUUCCGUGAUAAAUAAAAGAAAAUACUAAUGAAUAAGAAAUAUUUCACUAAUUACGAUUACAUGAUAAACAAAAGAAAGUAAGAUGUUGAUUGAUACAAAAGAAUAAGAUGUUCUAAUCUAGAAUUGAUUUGUGCUAAUAGUAAGAAACGAACAUCCACGACAAAACAGCUGCUGAGGAUAGCAUACUUUUUGGUACAAACAUGAAUGUCAACGAAAUGUUAUUUUAUUCUAUAUUGCAUAAUAUGGUACAAUUGCGCUGAUUGUACAAGCGAUGGAGACAAUAAUCGAUAAUUACAGAAAAAAAAUGAUAAAAUGUAAGAUACAUUCGCUCGAUCUAGCUAAGAAAAUUAUUGUUUGAUAUAACGGUAAUUAAUUGGGUCGAAUUUUGCACGAAGAAAUCUAUCGAUGUAUGUUUCGUAUCAAAAGACAAAAUAACUGAGUAAAGAUACCGUGUUUGUGGCUUUACCUUGUUGCCGGGUGGAUUUCUUUCUGCAGGAUACGAUCCAAUUUUGCCUAUUUUCUUCAUGAUAUGUACACGAAAUACAAGUCUUUUAUAACAAUCAUGCUACAUCAUAAUCUGCGUCGAUGAAUUAUUGAGUGGCGAAUCGGUUAGAAUAGAGUUGCGAGAUCUUUUCAGCACUGAAUUCUGUCACGUUCAAAACAAGCACGAUACAUUACUGUAAAAUGUACGUAUAUGGAUAGUUUCACAUAUGCAAGAUUAUACUUACAGCUUAUAUUUUA